AUGUGUCCCCUUCCCCCAUUUCAAAAGGACUAUAAAAAGGGUUAGAGCUGACUGAUACCUUGGAGAUCUCCCCUGACGUGAAGACGACAGGCUCUUUGUCGACCGGACUUCGAGGGACUUUGUCAUCCGCACGUCUGGCAGCGUCUUAUUUGGCAGUCACAGAGAGAGCUGUGGCAGGAAAAAUUAAUGGAGGAUAAAGAAACAGGGGAGGAGAAGGACGCUUGUGAAGAUUGUGCUGCCCUCUGGAGGGCCCCGCGGGAGAUGGCAAAAGUGCACCAAGACCCCAUGUUCUCUGAAGACGUUUUUUUCAUUGAGCCAAUGGAGGGAGAAAUCAAGCCGGAUGGUUUGGCCCAAAUCAAGAUGACUUUCAAACCCCUGGAAGCAGUGGAGUAUUAAUAAGUGUGGCGUAUUGCAGCAUCUCAGGCUGUGAGAGCAGGAUGCCUGUGCACCUCACAGGGGAAGGCCAAGGACCCUUGGUUCAAUUCAACUCUCAAACACUGAACUUUGGGAACGUUUCUGUCGGCACCUCCCAUGUUUCUGAGGUGGAACUGAUUAACCUAGGAGCUAUUGAUGCUCCCUUCACCUAUAUCCCUUCAACUGCAAACGUGGGCUUCUGCUUCAAGUUUGCACCCGAGAAGGGCAUCAUUGAAGCACAUGGGAUCCAGACUAUUCAGAUCUCCUUCAGUGCCACCGUAGUGGGGAAGUUUAAGGAAGCAUUCCAGUUCAGUGUGGCUGGAUGUCUUAUGUGUGCAAUCCUGACUAUCAAGAGGCGUGUCACCAAACUGAGGUCAUACCUUGACGACAAUAAGCUCAACUUUGGGCGCAUCUCCCCUGGCUCUCCCUUCUCCAAUAUCCCUCGCCUCAUUGACACCUCCUUGAUGUCCCGUACCAUCCCUCGUGAAAAAGCCUGCUUCUCAAAUCUCCAAAUCCAGCCCAGCACCCUGAAGUUUGGCUGCCGCAUGGUUGGUACUAUAAAAGAAGUGCGUUCUCUGGAGAUGACCAACUGCAGCUUACUUCCUGUCCACUACCACUGGUCGAUCCAGUCCGAGAGCCAGGAGCCCAGGUUGAGGUCCACGUCCGUAGCUCAGUUACUUGGUGGAUGUCAGCCUUACCCAUCUAAAUUCACACCACAUCCCCCAAAGGAGAAGAGACCCUCUUUUGGUUCCUUGGCAUCUCGAAGGAGACACAUCAACAUUAGAAGCGUGGAGGAGCCAAUCAAAGCCCUGAAAGAAGAGCAGAAUGUUAUUCAAUCUUCAGGAGCGGAGGCUUUCAGGAUCAUGCCGCAGUUGGAUAUCCUGCAGCCAGGAGAGAGCCGGCAGGUGUCCAUCACCUUCUUUGGCCACCAGGACGUCCCCACCAGUGUGAAGGCGCUGUGCCACGUGGGGCAAUGCCUGAGCUACGUGGCAGAGCUGAUCAUCCCACGGGUCAGCUACUCCCUGAGCCUCCUGGAGAUCGACUGUGGCUUCCAGAUAUUUAAUGAAAUUGGUCACAGUGUGGUCACCCUGGCAAACACUGGCAGGACUGAAUUCAGAUGGGUGCUGAACCCUUGCCCUGCAGACAAGAAUCGGCCUGGUGUGUUUCUGGUCUGGCCCACCAGUGGCUCCAUUGCACCUGGCAAGAACAAAGUGCUGAAAUUCUCUUACCUGCCGGGAAUACCAGGACCUUUCAGCAGGACUUACCAGCUUACAGUGGGUGACCUGGAACCAGAAAAUAUCUUGCUGAAAGGAGAAGCGACCUGCCCCAUGAUCAGUGUAAACCUGCCCUGGAUCAUCAAAGAACAUGAGAAGCCACUUAAAUAGCCUGUAAAAGACCUGCAACAGUACAAUCAAAGGAACAAAUUACAGGAACAAGUUGUUCAGAAGAAGACUCAGACCCCUAAGACUCAGACUUUGGAGACAGGGAAUCGGAAGACUUGGGACCCGCAGCCCCGCUUGCUUGGCUCUG